ACGGUGCGGAGCGAGCGCCUCAAAUGCUCGGGUUUCUCAGCUGAUUGUCUCCAGCCGAGAGUUGUUUUUUGCAGCCACGGAACUGAGCCGCAGCAGCAGGAGGAGCUGAGACCCCCCGGGGGGAGGGGGCGGAGGAGAGGAGGCGGGGUCGGGGCGGCGGGGGGAGCCGCGUUGGCCGCUCCGCUCCGGGCUCCGGGUCCUGUCACGGCGCUGGCUGGGGCUGGAGGCUGGGGCGGGUGGGGGGUCGGGGGGCCAGCGCUCUCUCCCUGGACGGCGGCCCGGAGGCCGGCGCCUUCCUUCCCGCGCUCCCUCGCGCAGCCCCCAGGCCCCUCAUGAGGGUGUCCUCGCCGGGUCCGGCCGUCGCCCCCACGGCCGGCCGCGAACCCUCGACGCCCGGCGGCGGCGGGAGCGGGGGCGGCGGGGGCGCCGCGGUGCCCGGCUCGGUGCAGCUGGGGCUGAGCGUCCUGCACGCUCUGCUCUACGCCGCGCUCUUCGCCUUUGCCUACCUGCAGCUGUGGCGGCUGCUGCUGUACCGCGAGCGGCGCCUGAGUUACCAGAGCCUCUGCCUCUUCCUGUGUCUGCUGUGGGCAGCGCUCAGGACCACCCUGUUCUCCGCCGCCUUCUCACUCAGCGGCUCGCUGCCCCUGCUCCGGCCGCCCGCUCACCUGCACUUUUUCCCGCACUGGCUGCUCUACUGCUUCCCCUCCUGCCUCCAGUUCUCCACGCUCUGUCUGCUCAACCUCUACCUGGCGGAGGUUAUAUGUAAAGUCAGAUGUGCCACUGAACUUGACAAACACAAAAUUCUACUGCAUUUGGGCUUUAUCCUGGCAAGCCUUCUCUUUCUAGUGGUGAACUUGACUUGUGCAAUGCUGGUCCAUGGAGAUGUUCCAGAAAAUCAAUUGAAAUGGACUGUGUUUAUUCGAGCAUUAAUUAAUGACAGCUUGUUUAUUCUUUGUGCCAUCUCUUUAGUUAGUUACAUAUGCAAAAUUACAAAAAUGUCAUCAGCAAAUGUCUACCUCGAAUCAAAGGGUAUGUCUCUGUGCCAGACCGUCGUCAUGGGCUCUGUGGUCAUUCUUCUCUACUCUUCCAGAGCUUGCUAUAACCUGGUGGUGGUUACCAUAUCUCAGAACACAUUAGAAAGUCCAUUUAACUAUGGAUGGGAUAAUCUUUCAGAUAAAGCUCAUGUAGAAGACGGAAGUGGAGAAGACUACAUAGUAUUUGGAAUGGUCCUCUUUCUGUGGGAACAUGUACCAGCAUGGUCAGUGGUACUGUUUUUCCGGGCGCAGAGAUUAAGCCAGAAUUUGGCACCUGCUGGCAUGAUAAAUAGUCACAGUUACAGUUCCAGAGCUUACUUUUUCGACAAUCCAAGACGAUACGAUAGCGAUGAUGACUUGCCAAGACUGGGAAGUUCCAGAGAAGGAAGUUUACCUAAUUCGCAAAGCUUGGGCUGGUAUGGCACCAUGACAGGGUGCGGCGGCGACACAUACACGGUCACGCCCCACCUGAAUGGACCUAUGGCAGACACUGCUCCUUUGCUCUUCACGUGUAGUAAUUUAGAUAUGAGCAAUCACCAUAGCUUAUAUGUGACCCCACAAAACUGAGAGUCGUACCAAGUCGUGAAUUUUGAAUUGUUUCUCAUGAAUGUGUAUAUUCAGUGUGUUUAAACUUCAUCUGCAUAAACAUUGCACCUGAGAACAAAAUCUGGAAAGGUGGCCGUGUGACGGAGAGCACAGCUGUCUCUUUUGACCUCUGCAGUAAUAACGCAAAACGGAAGUUUGGAGUCAGAGAAAAGAAACGGCAGAUCCUAAGGCACUUGACUUCCUCCGUACCUCCUACCUUUGGAACAUCAAAUGCAUAUUUGCACUUUCGUCCUUGUCUGAAAAAGUACACUGCAGUCCCCAAAGUCAUAGCCCAGUGUUCACACUGGAAUAUUAUUGUACACCAAAUUGGAAGGCAUUUUUUCUACGAAAAUCAACACUUGUACUUCCAUUGGUGUACUGCGUCUGAAAUCCUUUCUCAAUUACAGUGUUAGAGUGUGAGUCGUGCAUAGUUAAAGCAUCAAAAUGUAUCCUCUUUCUCACAAACCUCCUAAAAUAUGUAAUUAGUGAAGACAGUUCUUUGAAGCAUGGUUUUAAAAUACUAAUGGAAAUUAUUCAAUCAUUUUAAAUAAGUGACGAUAGUAGUCCUUUACAGUGAGGGGCAGCAGUGGUCCUUGGCAAACCAGUUACUGCUUCAAGAGGAAAAUCUAGCCGUGAAUACUGUGGCUACUUCGAGUAGAAUCAGUCAAGUGAACAUUUUGUAUGAUUAAGAUACGCAGUAUAUAGUAGUGUAAGCAUGAUUGUUCAAGAAAGCAAUAGUGAUUUUUUUACAUAGGGAGAGUUUGGUAGAUACUUCUUGGAACUAAAUGAGUUUACAGAUGCAUUAAAGAAUUUUCAUAAAAUGUACAAUUCUAAGUUUAAAAAUGACACAUUUUCAAAAGCAUUGAAUUUAUCUGAAAUAAGAUAUAACUGAUCUUCACCUAUUGAAUCAGGACUGUCCUCAGGUAAAUUAAGUCAUGGUACAGCAUCAUAGUGAACUGAAGUGCAAUACUUUCUAAGACAUAUAAUCCCUUAGUUUUCAGUUUCAUACUUUGAAUUUGGGCAAAACCAAAUUAAACCCCUAUCAAAUUAAUUCCAGCAUUGGAUUAAAUGAGCAAAUUCAAAAAUGUAAAAACUUGGUAAGUAUAAAACCAGAGAUGAACAAUGUCUUAAAUUUCCUACCCUGUCAUACGUAUAUAUCCAUGUAUUUGUAUGUGAUAGGCUAAGACGAAACAGAAUUGUAAAAUGCACUUUCUACCAACAUCUAAAUGGAAAGUAGGUGCUGAAUACCUCAAGAUGCCAAGGGAAGGGGCAACAUUUAAAGUUGUCACAACGUGCUUAAAGAUAAUCUUAUAAAAUUCCCUGUUAGUCUCUUUCUUCAAAACUGGAAUACAAUUAUCCUGUCUUCUACUUUAGUUGUUUUAUUCCUAUUUUUACUUAAAAUACUGUUCAGCUUUUUACUGAUACAGUGAAAUCACAAAAGUUUGAGUAGGUGAAAUAAAAUUUAAAAAUGAAAUUGUUAAUGCUUUCUAUCUUUUGGGUUACUGAUACAAAAUAAAUUUCUUUUUAUGAUACAAAGGACUUUAAAUUCAAUCAGAAGUGGACUAAUUGUUAUCUGGCAUUUGUUUACAAAAAGUUCUCAUAACCAAAUUACUUAAAAUUUUAUAGUAGUGGAGUUAGCUGUCAUAUUGGUCACAUAUUUUUUUUACACCAGUUUUUUUUCAGUUAUCUUUCUUUCUUUUAGAAUGCAACUUACUUUGCUGAUGAUGUUAGAUACCUAUCUAGAGAUAUCAGAAAAGAUUUAUAUUUUCUGGUAAUCUGUGGGUUCAAGGUGAUAAAUUUGUUUCUAGUAAAACCUCCCUAGAUGAAGUUCCUAUUUGUCUAAAGAUUACUUUAAAAUUUGUCUAAAGAUUCGAUUUUUGUCAUAUACAACUUAGUCCUUUUAGCUGUAUUAGUUGAUUGUACUAAAUUUGAGAUUUGGGAUUUUAUCUUUAUCAAGAAAGGGGACCUAAAUUCUUCCAUUUGUCUCCUUACACACAGCCAACACAAUAGACCACCAAAGAAAAGAAAGACAAACUGGCCCAAUUUUUGCUUAAAAAUUCCAAAGCACUAGGAGCACUUUAAGUUUGGUCGCAAAAGAAGUUGUUUAUAAAAUCAAAGGGCUACCAAUUCCCUUUUCAUCCUGCACUGAAGCACAUGACGACUUAAGACCUUCCUUUUGUGUUCAUUAAUUUAUAAUGUGGAUCUCAUUGCUUACGUGUGGAUUUCUACAGUGAUUAGCAAUAUUUGUUUUUAUCACUUCAGUUGAAACUCUUACCACUCAUUAUAGCUGGUUGUAGUUUUAUGGAAGAUGUAAUUUAUAGCUCUAGUGGGUUUUUUAUGCAUAGCUGCCUUUUUAUUGUUUAACAGUGUUUCUCAGCUAUAGAACCAGUUCCCAGCUGGUUGUAAAAAUAUAGC